UGAGCUCCUCCCUCCUCUCUUUUCCAAAUCCUAAUGCUUUGAUUCACUACUGAUUUUUUCAUCAAAAAGCGCUCAUUAUGGUUUAAUUCCGCUAUAAACAUCUUGUCCCGCCCCGCCAUUUUAAUUUUAAUUCAACUGAAACUUAAACCAGGCUAGCGCAACACUCGACACGCAGCGUCGUCCUCUCGGCCACUUUCACCACCACCCACCAGCAGCGUAGCUUCCUCUUUUUCCAUAGAUGGAAUCAUGGAAGCUCAACCUCUCUCUUGCAGUGCACCCACCACCAGUCCACCACCGCCACUAGUCCUCUCUCCCUUUGGGUCACUUCUCUGUUCCCUCCACCAUUUUCCCCAUCAGCUCUGCAAGCUGCGUGCUGACGCGGUCGAACCUUUGUUUGCUUGGAGUCUUUCUCUCCACCAGCGCAAGCUCGACACACACCAGUGUCUAUGAAGGAUAGCCUUGCCCUUUGUGUGCUUUGCCGAAUCCUAAUCCUGAUGCUUUGAUUUUUUCCAUCUUGUCCCGCCCCGCUAUUUUGAUUUUAAUUUAGCUGAAACUGAAACCACGCUAGCGCAACACUCGACACGUAGCGUCCUCCUCUCCGUCACUUCCUUCCACCACCACCCACCAGCAGCGGAGCUUCCUCUUUUCCCAUAGAUGGAAGCUCAGCUUCUCUCUCUUGCGGAGGCUUUCUCUCGACCAGCGCGAGCUCGACACGAGCGUCUCCCUACGCCAUUUAGGGGUGUCAGGGCAUCACUUGUGUGCCAGGAGAACCGCACAGAACAAUGUGAUUUGACUCACAUAUAGGCACAGGAGCAUCUAGGCGUGCGUGCAAUGUUCAGCACGCAGCAUUUAACGUUGAGGCCCAAAGCCAUUGCUGUGCUUGUGCUCUGCCCCCCUUUCUUUCUCUCCCAAAACCAAGAGAAGAGGAAGAAGCAUUUUCUGCUCUCCACCGUGCUUACACCACCACCACCACCACCACCAAGAGAAAGAGGAAGAAGCAUUUGCUCCUCUCCACCGUGCUUCCACCACCACCAAAGAGAAAGAGAAAGAGGAAGAAGCAUUUGCUCCUCUGCGCCGUGCUACCACCACCAGCAGCCCGGUCGUCCUCUCUACCUCUCGCUUCCUUCCAUCACCACCACCUCAGCUCAAGCCAUGGCAUCCUUGGCCAACCUCCUGAUCUCACUUUUCUCGCUCACCCUCAUGCUCCUGCAUGCUCCUGCACCUGCGGUAUGCGACGACCUAGGUGCAGGCCUCUCUCCAAACCAUAGCACAUAUAUUGUGCUCUUGAGGCCACCCGUCGACGCCGGCAGCGAUGAAGACCACCGCUGGUGGCAGGAUUCCUUCCUGCCAACGCCUCUUGCCGGCUCCGAUGAGCCACGCCUCAUCCAUACCUACACCAACGUCUUCACCGGGUUUGCCGCCAGGCUCACUGAAGCCGAGCUUGCUCUCGUGUCCAAGAGGGCAGAGUUUGUGCGGGCGUUUCCAAACCAGCUCUGGCGCCCCACCACCACUCACACCCAAGAAUUUCUUGGGCUCAAGAGGGAUGCCGGGUUGUGGAGAGACACCAACUACGGCGAGGGAGUCAUCAUCGGUGUAGUUGACACCGGCAUCUAUGCGGCGCAUCCUUCCUUUGAUGACAAUGGCAUCCCGCCACCUCCAUCAAAGUGGAAGGGUUCAUGCCAUGGUACUGCUGCUGCCCAUUGCAAUAACAAAUUGAUUGGUGCGAAGUUCAUCACCGUCAAUGACUCUGGAGAUGUCAUAGGGCAUGGGACACAUACCUCGUCCACUGCUGCUGGGAACUUUGUCAGUGGUGCCUCGGCCCAGGGCCUCGGCAGGGGCACAGCAGCCGGGACUGCUCCACGUGCACAUCUGGCCAUGUACAGCAUGUGCACGCUUCGUGGGUGUGACUCCGCUGACAUAGUUGCCGGGAUAGAUGAAGCUAUCAAGGAUGGGGUUGAUGUGCUCUCGCUCUCCCUCGCCCCUGUGUUUGAUGUUGAGUUCAGUCGAGACCCGGUCGUCAUUGGGGCACUCAGUGCGGUAGCAAAGGGCAUUGUUGUUGUGGCUGCAGCUGGCAAUAACGGACCAGAGUUUUUUAUUGCUAAUUCUGCACCAUGGUUGCUCACAGUCGCAGCUGGCUCAGUGGACCGAAGCUUCGAGACUGUUAUGCAGCUUGGGAACGGCAAUCACAUCAAUGGAGAAGCUUUUAACCAGGUUUCAAACUCAAGCUCCAAGCCCAAGCCCUUUCCUUUGUAUGUGGACAAACACUGCAAGUCGUCGCCUGGAAGAAAUGUGGCCGGCAAAAUUGUGAUUUGCCAUAGCACAGGACCAAUGAAUGACACUGGGCCGUCAAUCAAUAAAUCUGACAUCAGUGGCAUCAUGAGUGCUGGGGCGGCUGGCGUAGUUCUGAUAAAUAGGAAAGCUGCUGGUUUCACCACCCUUCUCGAGGACUAUGGCAAUGUUGUACAGGUUACCGUGGCUGAUGGCAACAAUAUCAUAGAGUAUGUGAGGACAACAAGCAAAGCCAGUGCCAAAGUCAUAUACAAGAACACUGUGCUUGGUGUCUGUCCAUCUCCCACUGUUGCGGCAUUCUCAUCCCGCGGUCCUAGCACGUUCAGCCCCGGUGUGCUCAAGCCAGAUAUAUUAGCACCCGGGCUCAACGUCAUUGCUGCAUGGCCACCGCUCACCAUGCUUGGAUCUGGGCCAUUCCACAUUAAAUCCGGGACGUCCAUGUCGACUCCACAUGUCAGUGGCGUUGCUGCACUUAUCAAGAGCUCCCAUCCUGACUGGUCUGCUGCUGCUAUCAAGUCAGCCAUCCUCACCACAGCUGACAUCACGGACAGCACUGGUGGCCCGAUCUUGGAUGAGCAGCAUCAGAGGGCAACCGCAUAUGCCAUGGGUGCUGGCCAUGUCAAUCCUACAAAGGCUAUUGAUCCAGGCCUUGUGUAUGACCUUGGUAUUACUGAAUAUGCCGGCUACGUAUGUGCUCUCCUUGGUGAUCAAGGUUUGGCAGUCAUUGCGCGGGACCCGAUGUUGUCCUGCAAAAUGCUUCCCAAGAUACCAGAAGCACAGCUCAACUACCCUACCAUAACGGUGCCACUCAAGAAAAAGCCAUUCACAGUGAACAGAACUGUGACAAAUGUGGGGCCAGAAAAUUCCAUAUACACACUGAAGAUGGAGGUUCCCAAGUCUCUCACAGUGCGAGUCUACCCAGAGACACUGAUGUUCUCCAAGGCUGGAGAAAAGAUAACUUACAGCAUGACGGUGAGCAGGCAUCGCAAUGGCAGGGAAAAGUCUCUGGAGGGAAGUAUCAGCUGGGUGUCCAGCAAACAUGUCGUGCGUAGUCCAAUUGUCGCAGUGGCCGGUCUAGUCUCUCCACUGCUGUAAUUUGGAAGAGUAUCACAUAUCUACUCCAUCCUUAAGUUAUAUUCAAGAUCAAUGACUCUCUUAAUUAGUAGGGUUUCCAUUGUCUGUAAAAUAAUUUAAGUUUGGACAUGUAACAUCCAUGCAUCAUCCAUUCCUAUAUAACCCUGUACUUUGAAAAUAUAAAUGAUUUGGUAUCAGAUCAUUUCAUUUAUCGGGUUUACUUACAUCUGUAUGGAAACAUGCAACGCUAUGCUGUUUGGAUACUGAACUGUGGGUUUGUAACCUAUUGUCUUAUGCUUCGUAUUAUUUGUGGAUUCAGCCAUGUGGACAUGUUCUUAGCUGCAAAUAUUCUGAUGAAGGAUGUGCCUAACUAAAAUGACUGAUUCACUGAAUUAGAUGCAGAUAAGAUCUGGAAGGUUUUGAGAUUUGUGCUUAUUUUACGCCCAUAUGCUCUGAAGUUGUUGGUGUUUCAAGAAUGUGGCAUCCCAGUCCACGGCAUGAAACAAGGGAUGAGCUGAAUUCGUUGCCUUGUAACAGCUAGGCAACAGGAGGAGCUGAAUUCUGAAGUAAUGUUUUCUUAGCAGAGGUUUGAUCAAUGACUGUUGUUGACCUCUGUUGCGAGUGCACACCUAUACACCUAUAGGCUAGAGAGUUCUACAGGAGACGGGAAAGAGAGGAAAGCGAGUUCAAGUACUGCCAGGAAACCCACCGUGCAUGCUCGUCAUCAUAACGUGCCCUGUGGGGCGGAAACCUAGACAGCACCACAACAAUAACUAACCCUAUUACAGCUCCACAGCUGAUUGUUUGGAUGAUGGGCCUGAGAUUUUACCUUUAGCAAAAAGAUUUGACUUCCUGAAUCUGAUUUCGUCGAGUUCCUGCACUGAGGUCCCAAUGGUAUGCAUGAUAAGGCAAUCUGAAAAUGAAAGAGCAUCAGUCUACAUUCUUCAUUGCUUGGACUCUGCAGAAAGCUUAUAUGGUUUUAUAAAUAGCAUAUCUGAUGACAGGUGGAAUUUGUUUGGGUUUCUGUUUACAUGCUUGGCCAUUACAGAAAGUGUGUUGUUGGUAAUUUAUUGAUUUGGCUUAGGUACAUUGUGCGGUCAUUAGUUAACAGUUGGAUACAUGCAUAAUCUUUAAAUUAUUCAGUAUAUAGAAGACAUACAACAACAACAACAACAACAAAGCCUUUAGUCCCAAACAAGUUGGGGUAGGCUAGAGGUGAAACCCAUAAGAUCUCGCUACCAACUCAUGGUUCUGGCACAUGGAUAGCAAGCUUCCAUGCACCCCUGUCCAUUGCUAGUUCUUUGGUGAUACUCCAAUCCUUCAGAUCUCUCUUUACGGACUCCUCCUUACCCCGACCUCUCUAGUAAAAAUGUGGUACAACUGGUGAAUAAGUUUAUCAUGCAUGAACCUAAAAGGGAAAAGAAGAUGGAAUGUUUUGCGAGGUCACUCUGACAAAAUGAGAAAGGAACAAACAAAUAAAAGAUCUUUUGCAUCCAAUUUACCAAUCAUUGACAAAUGUUGUCUGGUCUUUUUUACUCCUAUCUUGUUUAUGAGAUCAGCUGUAGCAUAUAUUUUUUCCAUAGCAGGUAAAGAAAGGUGAUCGAUAGCUUUGUACUUCCUCUUUUUUUUCACUUGCUUGGCACUGUUGACCAUGACAUUUUAUAUUUACGGGGACUGCUACAGUGUUGUUAAUGUAAGGUUGCUGAAUUGUUUAUAAGGGCAGUCUCCAAGGAAUCCAACUUUGUGUAUUGUGUAAUCUUGGUGUGCAUUAUGUAUGUGGCUCAAUUCUAAUGGAAGCAAAAAACUCAGUAUGAUUGACAUGAAUAUUAUAUCAACUAAAUUUACAUUAUUCUGUACAUGCAUGUACUAUCUUCAGUUAAAGUAUCUAGCUCUCUGCGGUAUUCGCCAUUUAUCUUUUUUACUUUUUCAGUUGUCACAAAGAAAUCAUUUCAACUCUGAUGCACAUCUGACCAAAUCGUGUUUCAUUGCUUCUACAGAUUAAUCAUAUCAUUGACCAACUUGCAAUUGUGACAUUUCCAAAACAAAAAUGCCAAGACGAUGAUCAGUGGAUAGUAAUGGUUGCAAAAUACCAAAUUAUCUAACUUAAAGUGCCUAGCAGAUGUACAUUUCUUGAGAUAAUACCAUAUCCCUCAGCCACCGGACAAGUUCUGGUUGCUACUGGUUUUACAUGUAAGAGUUCAAGAAUUUUACAUCUCCUCAUGCGAUUCCCUGCUCAUCGGUAAUACCAGCGAAUAAAUUCAUACCCACAGGAUAUUCCAUGAUGCGCGUAUUAUUGGAGGAUCUUGAAUAAUUACCGCGAACCAUUCAAAGGAAACACUAAUGCAGGAAGUAAUUAAACGGCAAAAAUUGCACUGGAAGGCGCCUCUAUAUAAACAGUAGCAGAAUGAAAGCACAACAACCAGUACAAAAGGACAAUAGGAGAAGGAACCAAAGAAACAGUAAAGAACUUUUGCUAUGGCUCCAAUCAACUCAAGGUUUCUGUGCUUGAUGGUUCUUUUGAUGAUCUCAUCCACUUGCUUGUCGAGUCAAGUAUCAGAGAUCAACAUAGGUCUGGAAGCCAACGAAUGCCGGGGCCGUGAACCCUACCAGUACAAUUGUACGCCUGAUGGUUGUGUUACUGCCUGCAAAAAACUGGGCUGUGUUACUGGGGUUUGCCACAAAGAUGGUAGUUGCUCUUGCAGCUAGAUGAGGCUGCUCAGUCCUCAGUGGUUGCUCUAAUUUGUCGCAAGAAAAAGACCCAGAAUAAUAAGCUUAGGACAUAAUGUUGAGCUGUCUUCAAUUCCUUUGAUUAGUUAAAUGGAGAUUCUUUAUUUUCCCUGUGGUCUCCCGUAUCAUAUUUUUUUUAAUGAAAGAAAUGGUGGUCUUUUGGCUUAGUCUACCACUUGUGUUAAAAAACUUUGAUGUUGUGGAAAAGCAUCUUUUGUAAAGCAGGAACACCACAUGAGGCAGUGCCAAAUCACUUAGAAAAUUACCUUCUGUAGAACUUGAUUUAAGAACAUAACAUUGGACCAAA